AAAGCCCAACGCCGCGUGAAAUGUAUUCAGUGUCUUCACGCCGGCUCCGAAUUUAUGACGUAACGUUAGGUUUUUAUCGCGCGAAUGUUCUGCGUAGACAAGCUUGAUGACAGAAGUGUCGUGACAGAAGAUAAAUCAUUGAGCUCCGCGUGCGCGCCGUUCAGUUGUCCUCGAUCAAACCUCUUACGUGAGGCAAUUCAUCAGUAAAAAAAAAACUGCGAACUAAUUACAAUUUAACGCUCGAUUUUCUUAGUUGCGCGCACGCAAUGUGCGUACAAAGAUGAUCUGUUUACGCGCGAGUAUUAUCGAAAGGAGUUCUUGUUGCUUUCGUUGUCCGAAUCGCGACAAAGUGGAUGUGGCGUGUUGACGAAAUCUCUCUUGGACUUGGGAACAACAAAACUUCUUCAUCCGCAUCGUCGCUUCUAUCAAGCGUCAUUUAGCCCGGCGGUGUAUCAUCGAUUUGAUCAAUUACUUUAUUAUCAUCGGCGACAGAGUCGACGAUGCGCAACUGUGCGACUGAUGCUUUAGUUUUCGUUUGACACAUUUCUCGGGACGAUCGACUGCCAGACGUCGAAUACACAACCGAAGACAACAAGCUUAUUUUCUUGGAGACUGUCGUUGAUGAUAAAAAAAGAGUAAAUUGGACGCAAGAAAUUUCAGCACGAUGUCGUCCUCGCAAUAUUUUCUUGCUGCGACAAAAUUGUUGAACGAUACCGAGCUUCAUGAACACGACGAACAUUCCACGACCGAGGAGACGGAGAAAGAUGGAUUGAUCGCCAAGGCUGUCACUAUGGUAGUUUUGUGCACUGUCAGCACGGUAAUGGGCAUUAUACCAAUGUUUCUGGCAAAGAUGCUCAAGUGGAACAUUGAGGGACAAAAUCCUAGGACCUUAAAAGUGGUGAGCAUGUUACUCGGCUUCGGAGGUGGUGUUCUCUUUAGCACGACGUUUCUCCAUCUGAUACCGGAAGUCGCGGAAGGUGUGGACGAACUCGUCGAAGACGGUAAAAUGCAGGAACAGAAAUUUUCAGUGGCGCAGGCUCUCUGUUGCACCGGGUUUUUUAUCAUGUACCUCGUGGAGGAGUCCGUGCACACGUAUUUGAGGAAGCGACAAACGAAACAGCAGGUCAACACCAAGAAGGACGUGAAUCGCAGCACAAACGAAUUGGUUGAGAACGGUCAAGCGUCUUCGUGCGCCAGCAACGGACACGCACACACGGGCCACAGUCACUUACCGGAGAUAAUAACCGACGACAACGACGACGACUUUGUGAUAUCGUCGCUCAGAGGUUUAUUAAUAGUGCUCGGUUUGUCCGUCCACGAGCUGUUCGAGGGACUUGCAAUCGGUUUGGAGAACUCGACCAGCCAUGUCUGGUACAUGUUCCUCGCGGUUGCGUCCCAUAAAUUCGUGAUAGCCUUCUGCAUCGGAAUCGAGCUCGUCGCUUCCAGAACCAGACGGUAUCUAUCGAUAAUUUACGUGUUCACGUUCGCCGUGGUAUCGCCGUUAGGAAUCGGCAUCGGGAUGGCUCUCGUAGGAGGCAGCAGUGCGGCCGCGAGCGGACCGUUGGCUGUGAUAUUGCAGGGUUUGGCGUCGGGUACUCUGCUCUACGUGGUGUUCUUCGAGGUUCUGCAAGAACAUCGAACCGGACUCAAGCAAUACAUCUCGAUACUCGUUGGUUUUCUCGUAAUGUUCGGCCUGCAGAUGCUGACUGCCCAUUCGCACUCACAUUCCCACGGACACACGCACAACCACACGGAAGAAGAGAAUCAUUACGACGCAUUACAUCACGAUCACGACCAUGACCACGAUCACAAUCACGACGUUGUCUCGGAUACGAUCGAUAAAGUGACCGACAGAAUCACAGAAGCGAUCUCCAAUGUUCUCACGUCUUCUUCGACAACGACGACGACGACGGUUCAGCCGAAGGAUUUUAACGAGACCAGUCCGUUGCACCUUCAUCAGAGUUAGGGAUUCGGGAAAAAAUUUUAAAAAUUCCAAAUUCGCAAGCUUCCACACACGAGUGUGAAUCCUCUUUGAUUGAAGGAUUCGCGGAGAUAGAUCUCUCGAAAGCUCAAAGAUCUCGGGGUCACGAUAGUGCCUUAAAUAAAACAAAAGACUUUUUUUUUUUGUCGUUCAUACGAACUAUUCGAUAGAGUAGAAAAUAAAGUCAAGGGAGAGUAAGUCAUAAGAUCAGAGGCUUGACGAGUUUUUUUUUUUACGUGCGUGAAGUCUGCGUGUGUCGAAUGGAUCUUAUGGGCUUAACUGUUUCUUUUUUGUUUGUAAAAUUUUUUUUUUUUUUUUUAACUUGAAAAAGGAAUCGCGUUUCAAGUUUUAUGUAUUUGUGUGUAUACAUACAAUCAAACAUGCGAACAUGCUUUUCUUCCGACCGAGAAUUUUACGCGCCGGAAGAACAAUUUGGACUCCAAAAAAAAACAAUUUUGCUGUCGUGGAUCAACAAAAGAAAAACUCAAAGUUGCGAUCGGAAAAGACUUUCGUGUAGAUUUUCGUAUUUCAGCCGAAUUUAGUACUGUACUUUUUUUUAUAAGAACCAUUAAAUAUUAUUAUUAUUUUUUUAAUAUCUUAAUAUAGGUAACUUAGUUUUAUAAUUAUUUAAGUGUUUCCAAAAAAUCUUAGAUAUAUUCCACAAUUUCGAAAGUAUUUAUUUAACAAUGUAGAAGAUUGUUUCUGUAGUUUAAAACUAUUAGACAAUUUUCUCUGACUAAAUUAGGCUUUCCCACGUAGUAUCGUUAUAGUAGCACAAACGUUUCUGCAACGGGAGGGUUUUUCGAAAUUAGCAACGUUUCGUUUUAAAAGUCUCUGAAACGUCGUGGUAACGUAGCGGAAACGUCGAAAUGUUUUUUAAAAGUUGCGGUCCGAUUUCGUAGAAACGUUGCUCGAUAAGUUUCAGUUUUUAAUGUUUUUUAUACGUUUCUACGAAAUCGGACCGCAACUUAAAAAGCGGACGUUUCGACGUUUCCGCUACGUUACUACGUUUUAGAGACUUUUAAAAAACGAAACGUUGCUAAGUUUCGGAAAACCCGUUGCAGAAACGUUUGCGCUAACUAACGAUGCUACGUGGGUCAUUACGUUUAAUUAUUCGAUCGAUUCAAAACGUAUAGUAUACGCAUCUAAUUGUUUGUGAUGAAAUUUUAACACACAAAUUGUAUUACAAGCAAUAAUUUUUGUCACAAACGCGUUUUCUACUCGAUAUAACGGAACCGAAUAAACAAAACGCGAAUGCGCACAUCGAUCAAUCUUUCAUAUGCUGUGUGACUUUAUAAAUAAUUUAUAAAUAUUUGCCUAAGGUUAAAAAAAAAAUCUUUUCGUUAGAAUUAUUUGUUUGUACAUUACGAUACGGAGAUCAAUAUUUUGUAAAAAGUAGCGAUGUAAACGUGUUACGAGAAGAAAAAGCAUGGAAAAUCUAUACAUUGUGACUGGAGAUAGUACAAAAUGUAUAAGUUUGCUAGUAAAAGUCUUAACCGAGUGCGUGCGUAUAUUUACUAGUAGAAUACCAUGCCUUUUGCCGCACAUAUGUAUAAAUGUUGCGAUUGUAUGUACAAAAUAAAUUACAAAAUCGAUCACUAAUUGAUCGUACAAAUAAAUGUUUUUUUGUUUGUUUGUUUUUAAAUCGUUUCUCCCCAGGAGAAUUUCAGGAACGCUUUUGCAAUCGUCAUCGAGUCUCGCGACGAAAUCGGAUAUUGUUGGAAAAAACAAGCCAUGUCAUUAUCUGACAUGAAACAAUAGCGAUUGCAUCAAGGCACGAGCACGCUGUUAACACAAAGCAGACGACACUGCUGUGCAAUAGUGUGUUUGUACCCGGUAGAAUUUUUAUUUGUCACUCAAGCGGAUUUCUUCUCGAUAAAACUAUCACCAAAGUUUUAUUCUUUGCAAAAUAACAACAGUGAGUAGAUUAGAUUGUAUUAAAAUCUUUAUAAUCGAUUUGCUUAAUUGCAAAUUUAAAAAAAAAAAU